AUGGAAACAACAACAAUUCAAAAUUUCCAUUAUAAUUUAUUAAUUAACAAUAAUUCAACAAAAUCCAUAACUACAACCUCAAAAAUAAUAACAAAUUGUUCAAUGUUAUUUUUGAAGGAAUGGAGUCGUAGAUUUGGGGAAAUACAAAAUAGUGUGGAUAUUAUUAUGUUUUGUUUAUGUACUUUUGCUGUAUUUUUAAAUGUUUCUGUUAUUCAUAGUGCAUUACGGCUUUUCCAAAAGAAUUUUGACACAAUACAUGUUUACAUUAUUAGUAUGACUAUUGCUGAUUUACUUAUUGAUAUUAAUAGAUAG